GGAAGCCACAGCCAGCACCUCCCUUCAGCACUGAAGACACGAUCAGAGCAGAACCCAGGAGCAGUCUGCAGUGGAAAGCUGUAGCUGUGGUGUGUGGCUCGCAGAUGAGGGAGCAGAGAGCUGGUGGGAAGAGACUUUUUGAAAAUGUGGUGCAGCAUGGCCAGCACACUGCAGCUCCUGGUUUGUCUGGUGGUGACCAUUCAUCUCCCGUGGGUGACUGAAACACAGCACCAUGCAGGGCAGCCACGAGACAGCGCAAGUCUGGGAGAUGGCCUGAAGGAGUCAGAAGACCCAGAAGUGAUGUUUGAGCUGCUGUGGUCUGGGCUGGAGCUGGAUGUCAUGAGGCAGCUGCGUCUUCAGGAUGAGGAGUUAGCGUCCACACGUCCAGGUCGCCGACUCAGGCUCCUUCUGCAGGACCAUGUGCCCAGUGACUUGAAGGGUGCUGAGCAGCAGCUGCAGCAGCUACAGGACCUGCACAAGGGGCCUCCUCUUAGCCCCAGGGACUUUGAACAUCUACUCCUCACCAGCCUGUCCUGCAUCUACUGGCUUCAUGCAGCUAAUGAAACUGAAGAGAGCAGUCGCUGGGCCCAGGUCUUCACCUUCUUGGCACAGGAAAUACUUUGGGAUCUGUGCAAGGGUUUCUGCCCGCAGGGCCAGCAUCCUUCACUAUGGCCUUGAACUUCCAUCCUUAUCCCCUUCCCUUUCCCCCUUUCACCUUGCUAUCAGCCCACACCCUCUCCAUCCUCUUAACCUGAGCCAGGCUCAUACUGGGCAGAGACACCAUCUGGAAUCCUACUCAGAUGUCUGGGCAUGGUUUAUUAUAAUCCUCCCCUACCCAUGUUAUUAUAAUCCUACCCCACUUUGUUCC